AUGGAAGUUACACAUUCCGACCCGGCCCAGGAUCCAGAAACCCGAUACGAUCCACGUUGCUGCUCCUGUUUCCCCACCUUCCGAUCAAAAACCUCCCCCGCCGUCUGGGGACGAAUCCGAACCGUCGACGACAACAACCACAUCCCCGACGAGCCACGGUGGUGGAAACGCGCGGCUCUCAAGAUCCGAGAGUGGUCGGAGAUCGUAGCUGGUCCACGGUGGAAGACGUUCAUCCGGCGAUUCAACCGCGAUCCGCGUCGCGGCCGCGAUUGGGACGCGGGGGAGAAGUUUCAGUACGAUCCGUUGAGUUACUCUCUCAACUUCGACGAUGAUGACGAAGACGAUGAGUACGUUGGGGUGGGAGGUUACAGAAGCUUCUCGACGCGGUACGCUAACGUUCCGGUACAGUCUGGUAAAUCUCCGGCGAUUUCUCCGCCGUUGGAUUCUUCGUCAAACGCGUAA